AUGCGCAACCUGAAAAAUGUGCGCCUCGUCGAGGUACAGCUCCAAACCAAGCUUCCAUUGACAGCAACAGCUUGGGACGCCUCCUCAGAUUCUAUCAUCUGCACAUUUGGACCUACCAUUGAUGAUCCUGUCCUUCAUCUUCGGAGGCUGCGUCACAGUACUUCUUUUACAUCUCCUGCCAGCCUUGAUGACCUGGAGAACAUCGCCUCGUGGGAUGCCCCAUGCCCUCUACCAGAUCUCUCAUGCGACCGUGUUUUGUCGCUCCAGUAUUUUGCUGACAAUCUCACGGCUAUUCUGGUUCUGGAAGGAGGAGACAUCGUAAUUGUCCGCGAAGAUCCUCAACCUGGAGAAAACAAGAUUGAAAUUCUGGGAUCUGUUGACGUCGGAAUCACCGCUGCCGCCUGGUCACCAGAUGAAGAAUUGCUGGCAAUCACGACUCGAGCGAACACUCUCCUUUAUAUGACUCGUGAGUUUGAAAAUGUUGCAGAGAUCUCAUUUAACCCCGAGGAUCUGAAACUAUCGCGCCAUGUCUCGGUGGGAUGGGGAAAGAAAGAGACACAAUUUCAAGGCAAAAGAGCCAAAGCGCUAAGGGAUCCUACAAUGCCUGAAAAGGUGGAUGAAGGCAAGCUCAGUGUCAAUGACGAUUCGCGGACUACAAUCUCCUGGCGAGGCGAUGGCGCGUUCGUCGCCGUCAAUAGCACCGAGGCUGGCGUUCGGCGAGUUAUUAGAGUUUAUUCCAGAGAGGGAUCACUUGACAGCGUCAGUGAACCAGUAGAUGGCUUAGAAGGGGCUUUAAGCUGGAAGCCAUCGGGAAAUUUAAUUGCUGGUAUCCAACGACUGGAUGAUCGGGUUGAUGUGGUCUUCUUUGAACGGAACGGCUUGCGCCAUGGUCAGUUCACUCUGAGGCUUUCAGAGGAAGAACGUUCAACCUGGGCCUCAGAUUUGGCAUUGGAUUGGAAUAUGGACUCUACCGUCUUGGCUGUACGCUUUAUGGACCGUAUUCAAUUAUGGACUAUGGGUAACUAUCAUUAUUAUCUCAAACAAGAGAUUCCAAUUGUCGGUGAAGGGAUCAACUUCUUCCGUUGGCACCAAGAGAAGACAUUACGGUUUAUUGCUGCUGUUUCUUAUUCCGUUAUGGAUAGCGAUUGGGUAUUUGAUGUAUCUCACGGUUCUACCUCAACUCCAGACGAUAUUGGAGCCGUAGGGGUCAUUGAUGGGAAAAUACUUAAAUUAACGCCCUUGAGAUUUGCUGCUGCCCCUCCUCCAAUGGCUUAUUGUGAGAUAAACGUCGAUUCCAACAUAGUCGACGUUGCCUUUAGUCGCUCAGGCGCUCGAAUUGCUGUCCUUACCAACAAUAAUUUUUCAAUAUUCGCUUGGCCUGUCAAAAGCAAGCCAAUACCUGCGCCUCUUUUAGAAUCUAGUUACCCUCUUUCCGAAGCGUCCGGCUUCCGUCCAAGACAAAUUGCCUUUCUCGGCGAAAGAGAUGUAUACAUUCUGAGUCACCAUGGCCCAUUUGACCGCUGCAUAGAAAGGACCACUUUGGAAACCAGAGAGACUACUGUGUCGUAUCUCGCCAGUGAGGAGGAACAUAUUCACUCUAUUUUCAGCAGCUUGGAGCGUGAUAAGCUCUGGUUUUCCAAGUCCUCUAACAAAAGUCGAGUCAUGUCCUACUCGAAAGUGAUGCCGGAAAAUGGGCAUGUAUUGGAAAUAACACCUUUUGACGACAUUCCUACCGUAGAUACAUACUGGGCUGCUAGCAGCAGCAUAUCUGGUGAUCAAGAAAUCUUGGUUUCUUUGACUAGAACAGGAGCACUUUAUGCCAAUCACCGCUUGCUGGCGAAGAAUUGCACAUCUUUUAUUACUAGCCCUGCUCAUAUAAUAUUCACUACCACUCAGCACCUCUUGAAGUUUGUCCACAUCACUGAUGUUGAUGAUAUGGAAGUUCCUGCCGAUACUCCAGAAACCGACGAGCGCUGCAGAAGCAUUGAACGUGGUGGAAGAAUAGUUACAGUAACGCCUUCUAAUUUCGCAGUGACACUACAAAUGCCACGAGGAAACUUGGAAACAAUAUACCCUCGGGCUCUCGUUCUGGCGGGCAUUCGCAGUUUCAUUGACUCCAAGAAUUACCGAUCAGCAUAUCUUGCUUGCCGAAGCCAGAUGGUUGAUAUGAACAUCUUACAUGACUACGCACCCAAGCAGUUCAUGGAAAAUGUUGCGCUGUUUAUCACACAAGUUAAAAAAGUAGAGUACAUUGACGAAUUCCUUUCUAGGUUGCAGGAAGAAGAUGUUUCGCAAACACUGUACAAAGACACGCUGAAGCUUUCCAAGGCUGAAUUUGAAGCUGCAAUACAAACAAAUUCCAGCGUUGUUGCAAAAGCAACAUAUACAGGCAGCAAGAUCAAUCGCAUAUGUGAUGCAUUCUUAACAGCACUGAAAAAUAAGCUUGAUACGAAUUUGCAGAAUCUUGUUACAGCUCAUGUGUGCAAGUCACCUCCCGACCUUGACUCAGGGUUACAGCUUGUAGCAAAUUUGCGGGUGCAAAAUCCAGCCCAGGCUGAGGAAGCUAUCGAGCAUAUGUGCUUCUUAACUGAUGCGUAUCAUUUGUACAAUAAUGCUCUUGGACUGUACGAUCUCGAGCUUACACUCUUGGUAGCUCAGCAAGCCCAGAAGGAUCCGCGAGAAUACCUCCCUUUUCUUCGAAACCUCCAAAGCCUUCCUGAGCUCCGCCGCCAGUUCGAAAUCGAUAACUUCUUGGGCCGGUUCACUAAAGCAUUGAAACACCUCCAUGCUCUCAAUGUAUAUGAUGAGCUGAAACAGUAUGCUGUUAAGCACAAUCUUUACCGAGAUGCCUUGGAGCUCUACAAGUAUCAACCAGACCAGCUUAAAGAUAUGACGCACUUAUAUGCGGAUUACUUACAGGAGCAAAACAAUCACAAAGAAGCAGCAAUAGCUUAUGAAUCUCUUGAACUUUACGAAGAAGCAUACAGGGCCUACCAAACAGCCCAUUACUGGCGCGAGUCAUUGUUCACUGCCAUGAUGGUACCACUCUCAGAGGAGGACUUGCGCAGCCAUGCUAUCGCUUUGGCGGCGACACUUGUCGAAGAAAACAAAGAUUACAUCUCAGCAGCACAAAUUCACGCAGAUCACCUGAAAGAUUAUCCUACAGCAGCUCGUUUUCUAUGCCGAGGCUCACGCUUCGCAGACGCCACCCGGAUGCUAGCUAUCAACGGCCUCAAGGACUCGAUCCCUGACAUUGUGGAUAGCGGGCUCGCUGAAGCAAUGGGUUCAACAACCGACUUCUUAGCCGACUGCAAGGCCCAAUUGAACGCGCAAGUACCUCGAAUCCUGGAACUACGCGAGAAACGAGAAGCAGAUCCAUUGGCAUAUUUCGGCGGCGACCCAUCUACCGAGGCAGGUGGCGCUGAUAUACCAGAUAACGUCUCGUUGGCACCCACCGACGCCUCCACCGCUGCCGGACGAACUAUGUUUACAAGAUACACAGGUGGAACUGCUAUGUCGCGACGGACAUCCAAAACACGUCGAAAGGAAGAGCGUAAACGUGCGCUUGGAAGAAAGGGGACAGUAUAUGAAGAGGAGUAUCUGGUGAACAGUGUUCGACGUCUGAUUGAGCGCGUCAAUAGUACAUUUGAUGAAGUCAGCUCCCUACUGGAAGGUCUGCUUCGUCGUGGCAUGCGUGAACGUGCAAUAGCAGUUCAGAGAGCCUUUCAGGAUGUUCUGGCAAUGUGCACAGACUCUCUAAGUGUCUUUGAGUCUUCGGGGCAACAAAAUAAGGCUGAAGCAACAGGCGCGACGGCAGAUACUUCGAAUGUGGAAAUUGAUGGACAACCUCCUGUUACAGGAGGUGAUGCAGUACUGUGGGAUAGUAUCCACGGAAAUAAGAACCGUCCUGCCCCGGUCGUGCGAGAAUUCGCGAAGCUAGCUCUUCUAGGUUGA